AUGGACUCCCUGCUGGCCAACGGACGACACUCUGCGAUGGACGUAGGCCUCUUGCUAAGUGGACUGUCGGUCCUCCGCGCUAGAUACAGGAACUGGAUAACACACCAGGAGGCGGAAGACUACGGGCUUACCGACAAUUUCCACUUCUCUCGGCAAUUCCGCGGUGAACCAUUCUUGAAGUGUCUCGCCCGACAUGAGCACUAUCUGUUCAUGCAUCUGGGCGUCCAGCAGGGUAUGAGAAUUUUGGAAGUCGGCUGUGGCACAGGCGCUCGAUGUCGCGAGCUGGCGCAGUUUGCCGAUGUAACGGUGGUCGGUAUCGACACCGACGAGGGUAAUAUACAACAAGCACGUAGAUACGCGACUAUGGCAGGAUUGUCGGCUCGCGUGCAGUUCAUCCAAAUGGGGACGAACGGUGAAUGCGACGCCUUGAGUGAUGAUUCUUUCGACGCGGCGUUCUCGGUAGAAUCCAUUGCGGCUUUCUCGCAAUUCGACGUGGUGUGUGCUCAGAUAAGUCGCGUUCUGAGACCUGGAACGAAAUUUGCAUGUUACACCUGGUGCAUGACCAACGUGUGGGACGCAGAGUCUGCAGAACACUCCAAGGCUCGUCACCGAAUCCAAGACACCAUCCGACCUGGCGGGGACCUUGUUAACGUCCCACCGAUGUCGGUUGCGCAGUCGACAGUUGAAUCCGCGGGAUUUCAAGUAGAACACUUCGAGGACCUCGCAACCAGACCAGACGAUGUCCGCUGGUAUAAUGUCUUGGAGAAAGCGGAUAGAGACCAUUGGCAGCGUCCGCUUUCGGGUGCUUGGUGGAUCACGGGGUCUUCGACGAGUUCGUUGCGCAAUCCUGCUGCGCGUGCAAUUUUACAAGCUGGAAAGGCAAAGUUAUUCAGUCCAAUGGUGCUCAUUGUGGCGCGUCGCUUGUAA